GCACCUGAGAACCCCCGCUCCUGUUUCGGGAUGGAAGGAUACCCCGUGACUCGACAGAGAGGGAAGCAACGAGCGCUGCUCCGCGCUACGGCCCUAUCAUCGAGAAGAAGAUUCGCUGAUCUGCGGAACGACCUGGCUGUUCCAGUUGAAACGUUGCUGACCUGUCAGGGUGGGCGUUUACCAGUCCAAGUCCUUUCCCGCACUCUGCACGGAUCUGCGCGUAUGGGGCAGCACGCACCGAGUAUCUACUUUUGAUCUAAUCGACAUUGGGCCUGUUGAGACUCUCGCUCAAAGUCGGUGUGUUGAGCCGAGCCCUGAUCAGCCCCCUGGUUUGACGGUCGAGAGUCCAACAAAUAUGUCGUGGGGCGUAUAGCCCCAUAUGCGCGGUUAUCGUCUCUCUAUUCCCUUUACAACCCCCUUUGUCAGCAUUCUUGGUCUGGCUGCAAUCACCACUUCGACGACCUGAAUGGCCAACUCCGUCACUCACAAAAUUGAUGUCACAAGUCCGCUGCUCCAGUACAACGGCAAUUGGCUCCGCGGUGGCACCGAUGGGGACCUGGAGCAGAUCAGAUACGACCAGUUUACUUUUGUCUACUGCUCCAUUGGCGACACGUGCAGCAUAUCGCUCACCUUCAGAGGCACGGAGUUCCAUGCUAUCGGCGCGUUCCGGGGCGACUCGGGCGCGAUCCAGUGAGCACAGUUUUUUUUUUUUUCAAUUAGCGAAUAUUAGCGGACUGAAGCGUGCAGGGCCCAGCUCGAUGAUCAGAGCG